UUAGUUUAGUAGACUCUUGGUGAAAAGUACUUAGUACUUAGUCUUUAGCAUAAAGUCUGUGGCAUUGAGACAAAAAAUGUAUCAUAGAUGUCCUGCAUCAAAUUUUAAAAUAUAAUUCAAUCGUUUAUUUUAAGUUUAAUUCUGCUUAAGGUUUUGUGGUUUUCUGUAGCCCAGUGGAUACUAAGAGCAAAAGUAGAGUUAGGAUAAAAUAAUAUAUCCAAAACACACAAAGCUACAGUCUCAGGUUCAAAUAUUUAAGAUAUAUUUUUGAAUAAAUAUUAAAUAAUGGGUGCCAAAAGAGAGGAUAACUCCUUGCGGUACAGGAGGGCUCAGAGUGUUACCACCGCUGAAGAUAUUACAGAGAAAGAAAAUAAGGCUAGAAGAUUACAGUAUGAUAAGCCCUGUCACAGACCCAGGGACUCUCUUUUCUCAUGGAGUUCACAGUUUACAAAUUUUACGGGUUUAGUAAAUUGGGGUUUUCUCAUGCUAACUAUCAGUGGAUUGCGCUUAUGUCUUGAAAACUUUCUUAAAUAUGGAAUUCGUGUGAAUCCUUUUGAGUGGAUUAUUGUACUAACAGGAUAUAAUGAUGAAAAUUAUAAACAUGAAUAUCCCUCAAUAAUAUUGCUAUGUUUUAGUGGAGUACCUCCUGUCGUAUGCCUUUUGAUAGAAAAAGCUAUUGCUGCGGAAUUGUUCUCGGAUAAGUUAGGUGAAUCAUUACAAAUAAUAACAAUACUUCUAGAGAUUAGUUUACCAGUGAUUGCGCUUCAUUUGACAAAUCAGGAAUUUAAUAUUGUCGGCAUAUCAACGGUGUGCAUGGUGUACUUAAUAUUGUUUUUGAAGUUGUGGAGUUAUUGUCAAACAAAUCAUUGGUGCCGAGCUGCAAAAUCUAAACAAUCAAAUUCACUUCGUCGCCAAAGUUUAUCCGUACCGAAUUGCAAUGCCCUUGUGAACGGCGAAGAAGAUGUAGACGACGAGGUAGUAACAGGCAUCGUACAAUAUCCUGAUAACUUGAAGCUUGGUGAUUUGUUUUACUUCCUGCUCGCACCUACCCUUUGCUAUGAAUUGAAUUUCCCUCGUACUAAUAGAAUAAGGAAGAGGUUCCUAAUCAAAAGAAUUGUCGAAGUAAUAUUCGGUAUGAACCUUGUGAUGGCACUAUUUCAACAGUGGAUGAUACCGGCGGUAACAAACGCUCUAGAUCCCUUCUCGCAAAUGGAUUAUAUAAGAAUUACGGAGAGAUUGUUGAAACUUGCCAUACCUAACCAUUUACUAUGGCUGUGCUUCUUUUACCUCACAUUCCACUCGUUCUUAAAUCUAAUGGGCGAGUUAUUACACUUCGCGGACCGUAACUUCUACGGCGAUUGGUGGAACGCGCGUAAUAUUUCAGUAUUUUGGAGUUCGUGGAAUAUGCCUGUGCAUAUUUGGGCGGUAAGACACGUAUACGUGCCGGUUUCUAGUAUGGGCUAUAGUAAAGGCGUGUCGGCCAUUAUGGUCUUCUUUAUAUCGGCGUUCUUUCACGAAUAUUUGGUGAGUGUACCUCUUCAAAUGUUCCGAGUGUGGGCAUUUUUAGGGAUGAUGGCUCAACCGCCUCUAGCUGUCAUUUCAAAGGUAUUUGAGUGGCGUUUGGGAGCGCGUUGGGGCAAUAUGGUUGUUUGGAGUUCGCUUAUACUGGGUCAACCACUCGCAAUAAUGAUGUAUUACCACGACUACGCCUUAGCGCAUAUGAAACCAUGACAGAGAACGCUAACUAGGUUUUCGUCUUAGCUUUGGAUUUUUUAUUAAGUAAGCAAGUAAUUACCAUUAAUGUAGGAAUAAAUGGUAAUUAGAUUUUAAUUUUUUGGUGUUUUAUAGAAUGUGAAGUAUUUCGUUCCCCAAAGAUUAAUAAUUAUUUUAAUAUACAAAGAUAAUUGCUCAAUUACUAAAUUUAUUGUCCUUUUGUAAUAUUGUUUUCCUAUGGUAUAGUGAAAGAGAAGCGUGAGUAUUAUAGUUGUUAACCAUAAUAAUUAUUUCAACCUGUUUGAGAUUAUAUUAAUAAUGCCAUAAUCUAGUGCAACACAGAAACAGUACAAAAUUAAUAUUAAUUGUCUAUUUAAAAAAAGCAUUCUGUUCCCUUUAUUUUGCAUUUUUAAGUUAUCAUGACAAGUUGAGGGAAGUUUUUUACAUUUUUAUACUAUGUUUAUGCAAUAAUAUAUUUUUCGUAUAAAAAAUAAAAUUGAGAUUUUUAUGAUAUCGCAAAAAAUACUACAUUAAGAUUUUAUGGGUAGCUAAAGGUAUAAACUUUGCUUUAUAAUAUAGUGGUACAUUGUUGAAUAAAUAUUUUGAAUUCCAACAAGUCUAGAAUAUCAAUUAUACUUUAUGUUGAUUUAUACGGUUUUACAAAUGUUUAUAGUUAUGUUAAAGACUGUUCCUAAAUUUGUUAAUUUGUGAUAUGUAUGCCAUAUUUUUUAAAUAAUUUUAUAAAUGUUUAUAUAAC